GGUGUAGCUAAUUCUCUGCUUUUUCGGGGUUAAAUUAAAUCUUGAAAAUGUCAAACCCUCGUAGAAGUUGGACACAUAUCGGAUAUAAUACUAGAGAAAAAAAUGUUUUAUUCAUUGACUGAAUGAAGUUGUUACUGGCAGAUGAUCAUCGCAUGGAUUUACACAGGACAGAUGUGUGAACAAGAAGCACGACCUUCACAGUAAAAUGACAUAAACGCCCUUCCAAACCUCCAAGAUGGUGUGCAGAAGCGUAUUGUAAGUAAUGUGAUCAGAGGGGAAAGGGAAUGCAGACUUGCCAGCUAUAGCUUGUAUGUGAGCGUGAUGCCCAGGCGCGGGUUGCCGCUCCAGGGCCGGGUCCGCUGGCUCUUCCUGAGCCUCUUCCUGCUGCUGGUGCUGCUGCUGUUCGCAUACCUGCUGGAGUGCACCCCUCCAGCAGACGUCAGCCUGGUCCUGCCCGGCCUAGCAGGGGAGAGCUACGGGAAGGAGUACUACCAGGCCCUGCUGCAGGAGCAGGAGGAGCGCCACCUCAACCGAGCUGCCAGCCUCAAGCGCCAGAUCGCCCAGCUCAAGCAGGAGCUGCAGGAAAUGAGUGAGAAGCUGAAGCUCCUGCAGGACAAGAAGGAGCUUCCUGGGGUGCAGGGCCUGACAGAGGCUAAAGAUCAAGAGCCGGGAGAUCUGCUGGAGUACCUGCACUCUCAGAUCGACAAGGCUGAGGUCAACACGGGGGCACGCCUCCCCAGCGAGUAUGCCCUGGUGCCCUUUGAGAGUUUCACCUCGUCCAAGGUGUACCAGCUGGAAAUGGGGCUGACGCGGCACCCAGAGGAGAAGCCUGUCCGCAAAGACCGCAGGGACGAGCUGGUGGAGGUCAUCGAGGCUGCGCUGGACAUCAUCAACAACCCUGAUGAGGAGGAUGGCGUGGAGGAAGACAUGCCGAUGCAGAGACUAACCUACACAGAGGGGCACUUCUCUGAAGGACUUUACAGGACAGAGCGAGACAAAGGGACGCUUUACGAGCUCUUCUUUGCCAAAGAGGAUUCCAGCAGCUUCCGCCACGUCACGCUCUUCAGGCCGUUCGGUCCCUUAAUGAAAGUCAGGAGCACAUCUGUAGAAACAUCAGGAAUGAUUAUUAACAUCAUUGUGCCGCUGGCGGGCCGAGUAGAAACCUUCUCGCAGUUCUUACACAACUUCAGGGAGGUGUGCAUACAGCAGGACAGACGAGUGCAUCUCACGGUGGUUUAUUUUGGGCAGGAGGGCCUACAGGAGGUGACGUCGUCUUUGGAGAAAAUGUCAAGGGAGGAGAGCUUCUCCAAUUACACUCUGAUCCCAGUUGACGAGGAGUUUUCACGAGGUCGGGGUCUGGAUAUCGGAGCCCACGCCUGGAAGAGGGGCGACGUAUUAAUGUUCUUUUGUGACGUUGACAUCCAUUUCACUCUGGAGUUCCUGAACACCUGCCGCCUGCACACCGCUCCAAAUAAGAAAGUCUUCUAUCCAGUGGUGUUCAGUCUGUACAAUCCUGCCAUAGUCUAUGGAAAUUUGGAGCUGGCUCCACCCAUUGAUCUCCAACUGAUUCACAAGAAAGAUGCUGGAUUCUGGAGAGAUUUUGGCUUCGGAAUGACGUGUCAGUAUCGCUCCGAUUUCCUUAAUAUUGGUGGGUUCGAUCUUGAAGUGAAAGGCUGGGGAGUGGAAGACGUCCACCUGUACAGGAAGUAUCUUCGUAGCGACCUGAUAGUGACUCGGACGCCAGUGUCCAGCCUUUUCCACCUGUGGCACGAGAAGCAGUGCGCCGACGAGCUGACGCCGGAGCAGUACCGCAUGUGCAUCCAGUCCAAAGCCAUGAACGAGGCCUCCCACUCUCACCUGGGCAUGUUGGUGUUCCGCGAGGAGAUCGAGGCUCACCUACGCAAGCAGGCCUUCAAGACUCAGAGCAAAACAGAGGACUGAGCGAGCCUCUGUCAUUCCAACAUCAAGUCUGUGAGGUGCUGGCAUUAACGCACUACAGCAAAGACACGUUUACAUGGAUCCUCCUGCAUUUCACCGCACAGCUGUAGACAAAUGAAUGUACGAAAACGAACAUUAAUCAAUGUGAAACUUCACAAAGUCUUAUUGAAGAGCUACAGCAGUAUCAAACACGACUAAGCGAUCAAAUCGGUAAAUUCUUCACCUGCUGAAGGAAAACGUACACAUGUAAAAACAAGUAAUAUAUCUCUUGGGUUUUGGUUGACGUAUAUUGAGAUUAAUUCAGUGAGCAUGUUGUUAUUAUCUGGGGAAACAUAACCUCUCAUUAAGCCACCCUACCUGCUUCCAACACAAUACCUGACCUGCAACCAGUGUCUGCACCAUUUUCACCGUCUCUGCCGCUGAAGUACCGCAAACCGCUGAAUGUGACCUCAGCCAGCAGAUUUCAGCUAUUUCGGAUGAUCUCUGCAUUCCAAAUACGAAUCAAACCAAGGUCAAAUACAACCAGCCGUCGAUGUUUAGGGUGGCUUUUUAAUAGAAAAGAAGCAGUUACAGAGAGGUAACAGUUAAUUUACUGGUGACAAAAAAGAAAAAUAAGAUGCACUUUCUUUAAAAAAAUGCAAGUCGAUGCCACAAGAAUCAGUUAGUUUGUAGUCAUUCCCAGCUGUCUGCAAGUUGAGGCAAAACAAUUUCUAUUCUUUCACCUCUUUACAGUAUAUUGGCAGUUGUGUAUGGAGCCAUAAUCUUCUGUUAGUACUAUAUUUCUAGGUUUUUUCAGACUCAGCAAUGUGGUUUAAAAAAAAGGGACCCUUUUUUGUGUUUUAUGUGACAAUCAGUCACUAUUUUCCUUUGCUGGUGACAUGUUCCAGGUGAUCAGUUCAACAGAGAAGCAUGUUGAUUAAGUAGCUAAAGAGCCAGGAGCAAAGAUGUGCUUAUAGCAUGCUGCGCUAUGAUAUCAGGUCUACGUGGACCAGUAUUAUUGUUUAAGUAAGAUUUGUCAUAUAUGCCCGGUGAGAAUGGCUCACAGCACUAUGAUUCCUGAUACUGGACUGAGAUUGAAUGUUACAGCCACUCUUUGUAAAUACUUUUCUAAUAUUAAUAUACAUGUGAGUUGAAUACUUUUGUCGUAUGUGCCUACAUGCUUAUAGUGACAUGAAGUGUUGAAGAGAUUGUUUUGAAGACGUGUCAGCAGCUGUAGGCCUGAUGGUUUUAUUCCAUCUCAUACUGAGAGAGGAUGUUAAAGUUCAGAGGUCAGAGGCGUAAUGUUGGUGAGCGCACCUGUCCAAACCUUACAUAGAGCAGGCAAGAAGUGCUUUAUUUUCUCACAAUGGAAGCAGGUUUUUCUUGCAUUGCAUCAUGUACUGUAAUUAUUUUUAAUCAACGUUUUUGCAAAUAUUACAGCUUUUUGUAGAUAGUCUUUAAGUCUCCUCACCCGCAGGAGAAAUGUUAGAUAUCUUCCUCUCAGCAGUACACAACAAUUCAAACAAAGAACCUCUGCAAGGAAAUGAUUUAUUUUGAAAUUUUGGCCAUGAAAUAAAACUUACAGACGGC